GAAAAAUGGUCAAUGUUAUUGGCUUUGUCGCUCUUUACGCAACUUUCUUGUGCUCUUUGAUUCUCCCUGUUUUGGCCCAGCAGUACACAGACCAGCCAGCGACGCCUGAUCAUGUCGCAGUUAUUAACGCUGAAGAUAUGCCUGCGAAGUGUAAUGAGGAAUGCACGUUGGCGAGUGAGAAGCUUGUGAACUGCAACCGAAACGGAACGUGCUACUGCGACGACAUCACAACCGUACCUAUCCAGGAUUGCUUCAGAUGUGCAGUCGAUGAGGGAUAUUCCAGGUCCAAAGUCAAUGGUGUCUUCGAUGAUAUUGCUGAGAACUGCAGGAAAUACAAGACACCAGUCAACAAUCUCUCACUCAGCGGAGCUGCGAAGCUUUCUUUGGGAUUCGCGUCUGUUAGUGUCGUUGCGGGGCUGAUGUUGUUGAAUGUGGCGUAGGCUGUCUUUUGGCCUCGAGGUCGGUUCUAAAUAUCUGACAUUUGCAUUUGGAUACCGUUUGCUGGAUGGGGCUUCUUGAAACUGGACCAUGCGGAUGCUCCCAUUUAUUUCUCAUAAUGUGUACAGUGGACACUUAUAUAUAGAUCGCACCUAAUACGCUCAUUUAUGUCCUC